AUGCUGGGUUUGUCCAGGAACUACUGGACGAUAGAUGCGACAAAGCUGAAGGCCCGAGGUGUGGAGCUGAUCAUCUCUGAAUUCGUUUCCGUUCCGUUCUCGCUCCAUUUCCCACCUAGGUACGUGAGUUUUGAGUCUGCUGAUAGCCAUCCAACCUCUGGUGAUCAUCCAAAACAAACGGUUAGACGUCAUCUGAAUUUUGCGUCAUUCAAUUUUCUGAACUUCGUUGGUGAUACGGAUCUUUCGGAAGCUGCCGUUCGUCAAAUGAAAGAAUACGGUGUUGGGGCUUGUGGCCCUCGUGGCUUCUAUGGCACUUUUGACGUUCAUUUGAAUCUGGAGGACAAAAUCUCCAAAUUUCUGCGGGUCGAGAAAUCAGUUGUCUACUCCUACGGGGCAGCCACAUUCUCCAGCGCGAUCCCAUCUUAUGCUAAGCGCACCGAUGUGAUAUUCGCUGACGAGGGGAUUGGGCAUGCUGCUUUCCAAGGAAUUGUGGCGUCACGCAGUCGAGCUUAUUUCUUCCGUCACAAUGAUAUGGAACAUUUGAAAGAAUUACUGUUGAAUCAAGCAGCUCGAGAUCGCGAAGAUCCGCAACGCGCCAUGCUAACUCGCCGAUUUCUUGUCGUGGAAGGUUUAUAUGCAAACUACGGAGAUAUUUGUCCUCUACCGGAACUUGUGAAACUAAAGUACCAGUAUAAAGUGCGAAUUCUUCUUGAUGAAAGUCACUCAUUCGGUGUACUGGGAGCCACUGGUCGGGGAGUCACUGAGUAUUUUGGGAUAGAUGUUGAGGACAUUGAUAUGAUCUCUGGAUCACUGGAAAAUGCGCUUGGGGUUUGCGGUGGAUUUUGUGCUGGGACAAAGUAUGUGGUUGGACAUCAGGAGUUAUCUGGUCAAGGUUAUUGUUUCUCAGCUUCUUUGCCACCAAUGCUAGCAACCGCCGCGACGAAGGCAUUAGAGAAAUUGGAAAUGCCCAGUGAAAGGGGCGCUCGUAAUCGGCGUUUGUUACAUCUAUCUCGUUUGACUCAUCGCUUGUUCCAUGAGGAAACCUCUUUAAGCACACAAUGGGAGUUGACCGGUUCCGAGGACAGUCCGAUUAAACACCUGCGAUUGCGCGCAGAUAACAGUCUAGAUGCUUUGGAAUGCAUCACGCAAAAAGCGUUUGAGUGGUACGCUUUCACCAUAGACUCUCAUGUGCCACCACCGAGCAUUCGUUUGACACUGAACUGUGAUGUGACUGAAGAUGAAAUACGUCACCUGUUCCAUGUACUAACUGCGAUCACACCCAACUAA